GUUUGUGUCAUAAAGCAGCAAACUUCUCAAAGAUUAGAACCAUAAAUUCAAAUUUAAUCUACAACAACCUAAAACUCAUGUAUGAGCCUUCUUAAGGAAAAUAAAUCCAAAUUCUAGAAUAUUAGAAACCACUCUAAUAAACCAAAAUGAUUUAAGUGAUAAAAAAUACAUCUAAAUAAAUAUAUUUUAGUUCAGGUAUCAAAAAUAUCUAAUAUAGUUUACAUCUCCUCGAUCAGAAAUAAAGGAAAGAUCAAUCUAAAGCAAAUGUGAUUUCACAAAAGUAGAGACUUUUAAUUAUAAUAACCCUAAUAAAGCUAAUAGUGAAAACUAAUGUUAAAUUGAAGUUAUACAAGAUACAAUCGAAUAGUAGUCAAAACCAGAAAUCUCAAAAUUUGAGAGUUCUUCAAAUCAUUAACACAUUAUCAUCUAUUAA